CGCGCAUCACGCUCUCAGUGCGGAAGCGCAGAGAGGAAACAGCAGAGAUCGCAGCUCUGGUGCCGCUCAGUUUGGACUCUAAAGGCGGAUAAAGCACCUUACAAUGUCGGGAUUUGACUCCAACCCGUUUGAAGAUCCAGUCGACGUCAAUCCCUUCCAGGAUCCGUCUGUCACGCAGGUGACCAGCUCUGGAAUCGAUCACAUUGACCAUUUCAGUCCGUUUCCUGAUGGCAACACGGUGACGGGAAGCACCAUCCCGGCCUCCAGCGGCCCGUCUCAGCCCGCCGUCCUGCAGCCGUCAGUGGAGCCCAGUCCACAGGCCACGGCUGCAGCUGCGCAGGCCAGUCUGCACAAACAGCAGGAGGAGCUGGAGAAGAAAGCAGCAGAGCUGGAGCGACGAGAACAAGAGCUGCAGAGCAGAGAGGUGCCGACAGGCAAACAGAACAACUGGCCUCCUCUUCCCAAAUUCUUUCCCAUCAAGCCUUGCUUUUACCAGGACUUCUCUGAGGAGAUCCCGCAGGAACAUCAGAGACUCUGCAAAAUGAUCUAUUACCUGUGGAUGUGGCAGUGUGUGACGCUGUUUCUGAAUGUUCUGGCUUGUCUAGCUGAGUUCACCACUAACUCAGAAGCAGGUGUGGACUUUGGCCUGUCCAUCCUCUGGUUCAUACUGUUCGCUCCCUGCUCCUUCCUCUGUUGGUUCAGACCUGUCUAUAAAGCCUUCAGGUCCGACAGCUCCUUCAAUUUCUUCUUCUUCUUCUUCAUUUUCUUGGCUCAGAUCGUCGUGUCUGUGAUUCAGAGCGUUGGCAUUCCUCGAUGGGGCAACAGCGGCUGGAUUAGUGCCAUAGCAGAGAUUGCCAAGAACAAAGCAGUGGGUGUCAUCAUGAUGGUGGUGGCGGCCUUCUUCACAGCCACUGCUGCACUGUCGAUCAUUUUACUGAAAAUGGUUCAUUCCCACUACCGUCGCACCGGCGCCAGUUUCCAGAAGGCACAGCAGGAAUUCUCCCAAGGUGUCAUCACGAACCGCACCUUCCAGACCGCAGCCGCCAGUGCAGCCACCACAGCCGCCCAAAGCUCUCUGCAGAGGAACUAGAACCAGAAAGCACCACCGAGAUCCUGCAUCUCUUCCCUCACUGUCCCGGCGGCACACACCGAACCCAAAGCCCAGCUCCGCUCACCUGCUUUGGUUCUGGACCUCGAUUUGGAUCGCAGAGGCACUACUUUCAAGUUUAAUUAUUUGUUUUGAAACAGAAGGUAUGAAGUUCAUCAGUGUGUUUGUAUAUUUGUAUGUGUGCAGAAAUUGUGUCCUGUAUCCUUUUUGACCUUGCUUAUGCUGUAUAUAAAGUAAUUUAAUAUUUCCCGUUAUCCAUAGUGGUACAGGAGUCUCUUUAAAUUAAAAAAAAAAUUAUUAUGAAGGAUCUCAAAGCAAUGAUUUUAAGUGUAUGUCAUGAGAGUCUAGACUCUAGAUGUUACAAUUAAGCAACAAUUUGAAAGAUUAUAGAGUUGUAAAUAAAAGCUUUCAUUCCUAUAUCAUUUGAUUUCCAGAAAACAUCAUGCAUUCUAUAUUAGUGCCAAA